GGCCUUUACUGUUUCCGACGGGUUCCUGCUCACCAUUGGCCAUGACAGAUGGAUGCUACGCGACCAUUGGCCCCAUCUCUCCUGCCGGGGUUCCACCUGGCCCAGGUCCCCUUGGUCCAGCGCCGGGCCCACCUCUUCUGCACCCACCCUCGCACUCAAUCUUUGGCCCUUCUGUCGCCGUUGCCGUUGCCGUCGCCCCCAGCAUCGCUCCCGCAACGGCUUCUACCUCCACGACCACAAUGGCCACAAUGGCCACAACUGCAGCACCAGCAUCAGCACCCGCACCCGCACCAGCUACUGCCCCUCCUGCUCCUCCUGCUCCUCCGUCUUCAUCUUAUUCUGCUUCUUCUGGGCCCUGCUCUUCUGUCUCCGCCGCAGCUGCUCCUGGUAGCUGCAGCACCGACAGGAACAAUAUUAAAUUCUGCAACACCACCAGCGUCAUUUCUUCCCCCAGAUGUAACACAGCUUCUUCGUCCUGUUCUUCAUCUCCGCGUUCAUCCCUAUCUUCAACCUCGUCUUUGUCUUUGUCUUUGCCGUUGUCUUCGUCUUCAUCCUCGCUAUCGUCCUUUUCUCCUUGUUCCUCUGUGUCACCAGACGAUCCUCCCCCCCAUCUGCCCUCCACUCUACUGCGAUCGCCAUUCUCCCCACCGAUUCACUAUCACCAUUCCCCAUCCCCGCUUGCUUCAUCCACACCACUGCCACCAGAUUGCACAGACGUUGACAUGGACGCAGACAUGUCACACUCGGCCAUCCUUCUCAAUCAUAGUCAUGGCGCCCGCUGUCUCUGGGCUGGAUGCCACGCCCACCUAGCGACCGUGGUCGAUCUCUGGACCCAUCUGAUCGAACUUCAUGUCCCCGUCCAAAACAGUGUCCCCAUCCUCUGUGAGUGGGACUCAUGUUGGACCCAGCACAUGCACAGCGAGCAACUGCUUUGGCACCUGCGACUGAAUCAUCAUCUAGUCCCGUCAUCUGUACCACAACAGCCAUCAUUAUUCAUGGAAAUGAAUUACUCUCCACCCGUCUCUUCUCCCCUUCAUUUUCCCGCCCAUUCUUCAGCCCCAAUGCGUCUACCUGUGCCCACGCCUGCCUCCUUACCCCCCAUGGGCUCUCCUACCUCCAACGGCGCUAUCUCAGCUGGUCUGGGACAGCCAGGUCCGUCCUUCUGGGAUACCACCUCAUCCGAGCCCCUUCAGUACAUCAUCAAGCAAGAAGAGUCCUACAGUCUAACCUUGGAUCAAGAGCGCAUGCUUCGACAAGAACAACAUCACCCCUGUCUCUGGCAGGGUUGCCGCCUCUCAUUCCCGAACUUCGAGACCCUGACGAGCCAUCUGAGCGAGGAGCACAUCGGUAUGGGCAAGAGCGAAUACAUCUGCGAAUGGGCCAACUGUGACCGACAGGGUCGCGGAUUCGGUCAACGUCAAAAGGCAAUGCGUCACAUCCAGACCCACACUGGCGAUAAGCCCUUCCAAUGUCAGGUCUGUCAGAAGCGGUUCUCGGAGGCGAACAUCAUGGCGCAGCAUAUGAGGACACACACGGGCGAGAAGCCCUUCAAGUGCACCGAGCCGGGUUGCGGACGACAGUUUUCAAUCUCGGGCGCAUUGACCAUCCAUCGAAGGGUCCACACGGGCGAGAAGCCGUUCAAGUGUAAAUUCGACGGUUGCGACAAGUGGUUUGCGGAAUCAUCGAAUCUGACCAAGCAUCUGAGGGUCCAUACGGGCGAGCGGCCGUUCCAGUGCCCGUACGUCGGAUGCGACAAGCGCUUCUCGAGACCGGAUCAGGUCACGAGGCACAAGAAGACCCAUCUGACCGAUAAUGAGAGAAUGGCUAUGAUGAAGGCCGAGAGAGGCCUGCACUCUAGAUGAAGUUGAUCAGCGCGAGCAAAAACAGAGCAGACACUCACACACAUAAUAAAACAAGAUGCCUCUUGUUAAAUUUGUGGAAAAGAGAAAAGGUUGUCUAAUAAUGCUCUGAUGAGGAAUUAAU